AUGACUGAAUUUCUUAAUUACACUGUUGAUUUAACAUUGAAAGAUGGUACUAGAUCUAGUGGUUUGAUUUCCCAUGUGGAUGGACAACAAAUUAUUCUUUCCAAUGCAAUUCAUUCUGUUCAACCAAGAAAAGUAGUACCAAGUUUUAACAUUAGUAGUACUGAAAUUGCUGAUUUGAAAGUUAUUAAAUUACCUUCUGAUUUUAAACAACAGCAACAACAGCAAUCCAAGAGAAAACAAAAGUCAAGAAAUGAAGGUCUUGUUGAUGAUGCGAUUUUAUUUGCUUCCAAACCAAACACACCUCGGCCUAAUACUCCGAAAUUGAGAAAUCCAAAACCACAACAGACAGCACCGUACACUGGUGGUUCUGAACAACCAGAUUGGGAUGAUUCAAGUGAUAUUCAAGAAAUAAAAAGUCUGAAUGAUUUUGAUUUCCAAGCUAAUUUGGCAAUGUUUGAUAAGAAGUCUGUAUUUGCUGAUUUCCAAAAGAGAGACCAUACCAGCAUUAAUGAUAGGUUAGUGGGUCACAAUAAGAUCGAAAAUGUAAACAAGACUAAGAAGGAGAAAUAUGAUAACAAUGAAAUGGUUUUGGAACAAAAUAGAGUAGAUAAUUGGGAUAAUAUUGGUACUGCUGCUAAUAGUAAAGCGGGUACUCCAGUGAUUCAUCAAAGUUCAUACAAAGAACAACAGAAUCAAAAUUUGAAAUUGAUUAAUCCAGUUAACUUGGCCACUGUUCCGUCAGCUUCUCCAGUUCAAUUAUUGGAAAUUGAAAGAUUAUCUACUGAUACCUAUGGUAUAACCCCAGCAAUGAUGGCUGAAGUUUGUGCUAUUAAUUUGAGUCAGUUGAUCAUGGAAUCUGUAUUAGGGGGUGCUUCAAGACUAAGCAAUAAAAAGAAUCAUAACUUGCCACCUUUGGUAUUGUUGCUUAUAGGUAGUAGUCGAGGAGGAAGCAGGGCUUUUGCUACUGGACGACAUUUAACAAACCAUGGGGUUCGAGUACUAGCAUUUAUGAUUAACACCGAAGAAGUUGAUUCGGAUUUACAACAACAAUGGAAGUUGUUUGAAUCAGCUGGCGGUAAAGUUGUAAUUGGAAAUGUUCUUGAACUUUUGGACAUUGUUAAUAACCAAUUGGACACACCAGUGGAAGUGAUAAUAGAUGCUUUGCAAGGAUAUGAUGAUCAUUUGGAAGAUGUGUUCUACCAAGAAGAAGAUCAAGUUACUUUACGAAAAUUGAUGAAAUGGUGUAAUGAACCUCAACAACAAAAUAAGAUAAUGUCGCUAGAUAUCCCAUCUGGUAUUGAUGGUGGAUCGGGAACUUUACUGGAUGAUUCAUUGAAAUUAAACUGUAGGUGGUGUAUUUCAAUGGGAUUACCAUUAUCUGGUAUUAUACUAGCUUAUAAGAAUGGAAAUAUGAGUUCAACAGAUGAUGAAGUUAUCCAUUAUGUGGUGGAUAUUGGUAUUCCAAACAAAGUCUACAGUAACAAAGGUAACUUACGUAAGUUUGAUAAAUUCUGGUUCAGUGCAGAAGCCAGUUUGAAACUAGAAGUUUCAUCUUAG